AGCAGGCGUAUACUUUAUAUUCAAUGCCAGAGGUCGUUUGCAGAUCCAUUCUUAACUAGGCAAAAACCCUUAUCACGCAGGUGGAAGGAAGGUAUCAUGUGAAGAGGAAAGAGAAAGAAAGACUCUCCGGCUUUCUGAGACGGACGGAAUAUGACAAACCAUUAGGAACUCACAGAAAGAUUGGAAAUGAGAGGAGAUACUGCUCAAGCCUCAUGCACGUCAUUCUCUAUGGAGAUGGACAUCACCCAAAGCAACACAAGCAUCGUCACCUCAAGUGGAAGCUACGAGGGCAAAGAUGAAGGUGCCUGUAUCCGGGGAUGUAAAAGAGGAAACUGAAGAGGAAAGUGUGGAGGAGGAAGAAAAGCCAGAAGACAAGGUGUUUCUGAAACCUGUUAUCGAAGACCUAAGCAUGGAACUGGCCAGAAAGUGCACCGAGCUCAUUAGUGACAUCCAUUAUAAAGAAGACUAUAAAAAGUCUAAGGACAAGUGUACAUUUGUGACUGAUACCCCUAUGCUAAACCAUGUAAAAAAUAUUGGUGCUUUUAUUUCUGAGGCAAAAUACAAAGGUACCAUUAAAGCCGAUCUUUCCAAUUGUCUGUAUAAGGACAUGCCCGCCACCAUUGACAGUGUCUUUGCAAGAGAAGUAUCCCAGCUUCAGAGUGAGGUUGCCUACAAGCAGAAGCACGAGGCCGAGAAAGGCUGCUCCGACUACGCCCACAUGAAGGAGCCACCGGAGGUCAGACACGCCAUGGAGGUCAACAGGCACCAGAGUAAUAUUUCUUACAGAAAAGAUGUGCAAGGCACCCACACAUAUACAGCGGAGCUGGACAGACCGGAUAUCAAGAAGGCAACUCAGAUCUCCAAGAUCAUAAGCAAUGCAGAAUACAAGAAAGGGCAAGGCACAGUGAAUAAAGAACCUUCUGUAAUUGGAAGACCCGACUUUGAACACGCCGUGGAAGCUUCUAAACUUUCUAGCCAGGUCAAAUAUAAAGAAAAAUUUGAUAAUGAAAUGAAGGAAAAAAGCCACCAUUACAACCCUCUGGGAAGUGCGUCUUUUAGGCAACACCAACUCGCUACUGUCCUGGCAAGCGACGUGAAGUACAAGAAAGAUGUUCAAACCAUGCACGAGCCAGUUUCAGAUCUCCCAAAUUUGUUGUUUUUAGACCAUGCUCUGAAAGCCAGCAAAAUGCUCAGUGGAUGGGAAUAUAAAAAGAAUUUUGAAGAAAACAAAGGAUCGUAUCACUUUGAUGCGGAGGCCCCUGAACACCUGCACCACAAAGGCACCGCCACCCUCCAGAGUCAGGUAAAAUACAGAGAAGAAUAUGAGAAAAAUAAGGGGAAGUCCAUGCUUGAGUUUGUUGAGACGCCAUCAUAUCAGUCUUCAAAGGAGGCUCAGAAGAUGCAGAGUGAGAAAGCUUACAAAGAGGAUUUUGAGAAGGAGAUUAAAGGAAGGUCCUCACUGGAUUUAGACAAGACCCCUGCAUUUCUGCAUGUGAAGCACAUCAGCAACCUGAUGAGGGAGAAAGAAUAUAAAAAAGAUUUGGAAAAUGAGAUCAAAGGGAAAGGAAUGGAACUUAGUUCGGAAGUUCUUGAUAUUCAGAGAGCGAGGCGAGCAUCUGAAAUAGCCAGCGAGAAGGAAUACAAAAAGGAUCUGGAGUUGGAAAUUAAAGGCAAGGGAAUGCAAAUCGACACCGAUACCCUUGAAAUACAACGUGCCAAAAGAGCUGCCAAGAUAGCCAGUGAGAAAGACUAUAAAAGAGAUCUGGAGACAGAAAUUAAAGGAAAAGGAAUGCAGGUCAGCACAGACACUCUGGAUGUUCAGAGAGCAAGGAGGGCAUCCGAGAUGGCCAGCCAGAAGCAAUAUAAGAAAGACUUGGAGAAUGAAAUUAAGGGGAGAGGAAUGCAAGUGAACAUGGAUAUCCCCGAUAUGCUUCGAGCUAAGAGGGCAUCUGAGAUCUACAGCCAGAAAAAGUAUAAAGAUGAGGCUGAGAAAAUGCUUUCCAGCUAUUCCGCUGUGGCAGUCACCCCCGAGAUUCAGAGGAUCAAGGCGACACAGCAGAACAUCAGCAACGUAUCUUAUAAGGAAGAAGUAGGAGCUGGCACAGCUGUAAGGAAUACUCCAGAGAUUGAACGAGUGAAGAAAAACCAGCACAAUAUUAGCUCAUUCCAGUAUAAAGAGCAAACCUAUAAGGCUACUCCGGUAACCAUGACUCCAGAGCUCGAGAGAGUGAAGAGGAACCAGGAGCAGCUGAGUGCGGUCAAACACAAAGGAAGGCUAAAACAGGCCACUUCCACUUUGGAAGUGAAAGAAAACCAGGAGGAUACCAGCAAUGUUUAUUAUAAAGGUCAACUGGGAAGGGCUACGGCUUUGAGUGUAACUCCCGAAAUGGAAAGAGUAAAGAAGAAUCAAGAAAAUAUCAGCUCGGUGAAAUACACUCAGGACCAUAAACAAAUGAAAGGUAGACCAUGUCUGAUCUUAGAUACACCUGCUUUGAGACAUGUUAAAGAAGCACAAAAUAAUAUUUCCAUGGUCAAAUAUCAUGAAGAUUUUGAGAAGACAAAGGGAAGAGGCUUCACACCUGUUGUGGAUGAUCCUGUGACGGAGAGGGUGAGGAAGAACACGCAGGUUGUGAGCGAUGCUGCCUAUAAAGGUGUCCAGCCUCACGUUGUGGAGAUGGACAGAAGACCUGGGAUCAUUGUUGCACCUGUCCUCCCUGGAGCUUACCAGCAGAGUCAUUCCCAAGGCUAUGGGUACAUGCACCAGACCAGUGUGUCAUCCAUGCGGUCAAUGCAGCAUUCAGCAAAUCUAAGGACCUACCGAGCCAUGUAUGAUUAUAGCGCCCAGGAUGAAGAUGAGGUCUCCUUCCGAGACGGCGACUACAUUGUCAACGUGCAGCCCAUCGAUGACGGCUGGAUGUACGGCACCGUGCAGAGAACUGGGAGAACGGGCAUGCUCCCAGCAAAUUACAUUGAGUUUGUGAAUUAAUUCUUUCUCCUUGCCCUUUGAGCUUUAUUCUGAUGUAUUCCAAAACUCAAUCUUUUUAAAAGAUAGAUGACAUUUUUCAGAUAACUUGGCAAUUAUUUUACAAUAAUGUAUCGUUACUUUGGCAAUUAGACACACAGGUACCAGGACAAAGGAAUUGACUUUCAGGCUGGAGAUGGCAGCAUCCAUAGUAAUUCCUGUUAACAAAACCAUUAGGUCUGGAGACCUGGUGCUGCUAAUUGUGUUUGUGGUUUUAUUCGAUUGGCUAUUCAACCCUUCCGGGAAAUGUAUUUUUGUAGACUUUAAUAGAGAUGUUGAUUGUCCCUUAAAUGUAACAAAUGUAUGAAACUUCUUAGCUGUCACUUGGAAUCAUCCAUAGCUAAUCCUCAUAGUCCAGCAACACAGCCAAUAAUUCAAAAACUGUUCAGCUUUUAAAAUCAUUGGGUAAUUUUCAAUUCAAGUGAGAAUCACCUAAUACAAUGAAUAAAUGGAAACAGUGGCAGAAUGAGUCUGGUUAAAAUCAUAUUGACUGUAGUCUUAGGGACCUGGCAGGAAACUUACCCUUUCCCUAGGCUGAGCAGAAGCUAGCUAUUUCUCAUGUGGUCCCUGGUAUAGCCUAUCUCCAUAUACGUUCUGUGGAGCAGUGCAUCUGCUCAGGUCCCCUGAAUGUCAGGACCAGGUAACUUCCCAGCUUCUCUGCAAAGGGAUGUCAUCUGUACUAUUUCCCCAGUAGCCUCUAUCCUGUUGCAUGUCUUGUGGGCUUGAGCUUCUGAAACAUGGCAGCUGCCUGCCCAUCCUUCCUAUUAAAGUCAACUGUGUGGCCACUCUCUCCCUGCCCUUCCGUCUAGCUGCCCGCUCAUUGGAAAACAUUUUGAAAAGUUGCUUGAGGCUUUCUUGCUGUAUUACACUCUAGUUUUGAAAGACUCAUACCUUAGGAACUACAUAUAUACUCUAGUAAAUAGGAGAUUUAUGCAUUUACCAGAUAGCUUUCACGCACUUAAUGCCACCAUUGAUUUAAAAGUGUAGUGAAUUCAACAGCCUCUGCUGUAAGGGCAAAUGGACUAUAAAGUGGCCGAAAAUCAAAAACACAGAACAGCAAAAGUUUGCUCCACAGUUAGACAAUCUGGUCUUAUAAUUUGGCAAUCAGUCUUCAGAUGCUGGGAUGGAAAUCUAGCCACUAAAUAGGUUCACAAAAAGACUUUCUUUCCUCAUUCCUGUUUUUGUUUUCUAAGUUACCUUCAUGAUUAGAUAAAAAAAAGUCAUCGGUGAAUUUUUUUGGCAGGGAGUGGUGUCCAACAGAUAAUCCACUAAGAAAGAAAUCAGUGUCUUGUUUGGAGUGUGUAUGCAGGGCUCACUGUUGGGUCUUAAACCUGUCUGGAGUCUGCAGUUGAGGUUACCUGGAUGUUGACAUUUAUUACAACUCUGUUCUUCUCAUGGUGCCUCUUACUGUGACUUGCAACCGGGUGGCAUUCUUGUGGUCUCUGAAAUUGAAGAGAGCCAAGUCAGAAAAAUGUAAGAGGAUACUGGGACUGCGGGAAUAUCUACUUUACACAAUAUACUCCAGGAAAUAAACAAAGCAUCCACAAUGAAAACCAUUUGAGUGAAAUGUUUAUGAACCCAAAGCCCAGCGUUGCUUCAUGUAAACCUUUGGAAAGUGAGCCCAUAAUUUUGAAAACUAUUAGUUUCCUUAGAUUUGCCUUAAAGAAGAGUUCUAUUACACUAAGCUUGUAUUUAUGUGACACUGAUAGAAAACUGAAAAGGAAAAUUCUGCAAAUAACUAAAGAUUUUUUUCUGGAGAGGUUGUUUUUAUAGACUGCUAAGUAAAUAGUUCACCUAAUUUCAUUUAAGUAACCAGUCACGAUUAACUUUUCUAACUGCUUUCAUGUCUUGAACACACACCUACAAAGAUAAAUUGCACUUGCAGCAAUUUGCAAAAAUCUGUACGUUAAAAACAAGGGUCAUAAGCUGUCUCAUUUAUGUGAUACGUCUCUUAUGCCUCCCCUGGCAGACCGUUUGUGUAUGUGUGUUUGUGACUAUUUCUUUUUAAAAAGUAGUUGUUAAUCAAGAUGUCAAGAUAAAUGCAGGGCAGGUAUGAUUUUGAUAAUAGUGUGUUCAGGAAGCUCAACAGAAGCCGACUUUUGAAAUGAUGCUUCACAUUUCCUGGGCCCCACAAAGUAGCCACUUGAUGGUCCACGUUUUUGUCACUCAUUAAUUUCAAAGUCAGACUUGAUGAGUGUGAGAGUCAGUACAUAUUUAGGAAAUAGGUGUCCUAAAUAAUGAGCUUUGCAUAAUGUUUGCAUAGCAACAUAUUUCUGUUACAAGUCUUUCAGAAUUAAGAUGCUAUUUGGAUUCAGUAAAGGGCAGAUGUUUUCUGUACAGACUGAGGCAGAGCAAUGUAUGGAAUGCUUUUGAGGUAAUGUGUCGAGCCUAGAUGUGUGAAACAUCUUUUUAAAAAAUACUCUAGUCUUAGCACCUUUUCACGUUCCACAUGCCCCCCUCCCACGUGCAGUUUGCCAGCCAGUAUGUCACAUGUAACAUUGACAGCUAUAGAAGAGUUUAGGAACAAGCUCCUUAGAAAUUAGAGUCAAAGGAUACUACAUACCAAGCACAGAGAGCACACAUCUCUUCCGGUCUGAUGGAUUUGAAGCUUACCAGAAGCACAAGAAGCUGCUUACUACACUUCUCAAAGUCUCUGAAAACAAAUGUGUUAGGCUCAUAUUCCUCUUGAGAAAAGUUUAGCAACUGGAUAGAAUGCUUUUGCUAUAAGCUUUAGUAGUAGAUUUAAGGGGAAAAAAACAUUUCUUGUUCUCUAGAAAGCUUUAUCUUUCUAACCUGUGACAAAAUGAAGACUUCAUGUCUUCAUUUUCCUCGCAUAUUGGCAGCGCAGCCCAGUUUGAAAUUUUGAUCUGGUUUUCAUUUUCCAUGGCGGUUCUGCAUCUUCCUGUGUCUCCCAGCCUCCACACAGCACCCAGGAAUGUCUAAGCACAAUUUCCACAAAUAUCUUGUAAGGGAGAUGAAUGAGAUUAGUCCAGUUUCUCUCUUGCCACCAGGUCCUUUGCUUGAAGAUGAUGAAGAUGUUUUUGGUCACAGAUCCUCUCUGUGCUGGGGUCUGUAACACUCCAGGAACUAGGGGAAAAUAUUUUCCAUAAUUGAGAGCAAAUGACACACCUACUUUUCAGGUUGAUCCACCUCCAGUGGAAUGAUGUCUGUCAAAUGAGAAAGAAAAUAUGUGUGAUCUUUGAUAAUACAGCCCUAUAUUCAGUAGAUAUAGUUUAUACUAAGGUUACAAUAUAGAUAUAUACAAAAUAGGUGCCUUUUUGAUUAUGCUAGUUUAUCAUAUGGUCUUGGAAAGGAACCCAAGCAAGCAAGCUUCUGCAUAUUCUUUAACAAUAUUUUAUGAUACACGAUUGAUAUUUUUGUGGUGAGAAAUGGGAUGCCCUUGACAGAAAGAUAUUACAGGUGGUAGCUGGUUGUAUUUUCCUUCUAAAGGUUUAUAAUAUUAGAAAAUGCUGACUUAUUCAACUUUCUGAAAAAUUGUUUUUUUCUUUUUGUGGAUUUAUAUAUAGUUGAGAUAUAUAAGCAUUAAGUUUAGGUUUUGGGUUUUAAAUACUUAUGGUGAUAUAGAUUAUGCUUAGAUAGAUAUUAUGAGGCUGAAUUCACUGCAUAAUUGAACUUUAUGACCUGAUUAUAUUUUAACUGUUUGCCUCUGAUAAUCUGUAUAUGACUUGUGCUGCACUGGUAAUCUGAAUUAUCACUGCAUUGUAUGGGGUAAUAAAACAUGAUGAUAGCACUUCAGUUAAGGAGGAAGCUAUGUAAACUAGUUUAAAGAUGCUAAAAAUGAAAGUCUUCUGAAGUUUUCCAUGCCCCUUAGGACCUUUCUCCAGACCAGUAGUGAUCAAUAAGUGAUGACCAAAAAGGGUCACAGUGUGAAAUGUCUGUGGUCAUCAUUCCAGGAUGUAUAAGACCACUAGAAUCCUCAUGUCUGGAAGGUUCUCUGGGCAAAUGCCCUUUCCAAUCAUCUGAAACUUCAGUAAAUCUCCAGGAGCUCCCCAUGCUUACUGUGUCUGGUGUAUUGUAUCCCGGGUGCAUAGCACACACUUCUCCAUUGUCAGUUAUUGAAUGUUAAAGAUGAUUUCCUUCAAAGGAAAGAGCAAACCACAUUGCAGCAUACUUUCUUCCUGUCCAUACAAUGAAUUGCUGAGCAUUUUGGAAGUUGCAACAUGUGUGUAACAGGCAUGAUAUUUGUGGAACUGUUGGGUUUUGAUCUGUGAUAAAAAAACACAAAUUUGAAUGAUGUAGUUUGGCUUCUGUUUGUUUCGAGAUAUGCACAGUUGUGGUUUGUGAUUAAUUUGUAAAAUUGUACUAACUUUGAGAACGUAAUGAUUUUGAAAGAAGCAUUAAAUGUUUUCUUCCCCCAUUGGAAGGGGAUCACAGAAUGAUAUUAAGGUUAUUAAUUUGGCUUUUGUUAUGCAAGUUGUUAACACCAGCUAUUAAAAUAUAUUUUAGUAGAAAUGCUUUAAUUCAUGUCUUUUUCCUCUACACUGUGAAUCUUAAGCCUUGGUGGACCAGAGACACAUUGUGAUGUCCAAAGGACUAACCUAUGCAAAUGAGCUCACAUCUUAUAUUGAUGUCACAGUAAACAUGUGAUAAGGCAUUAUUUCUCCUCAUAAUGUACAGCAGUAUUGAAAUAACAAAGGAAGCCCAGCCUCCCAUGCAUUGCACUGUAGUCCCUCACAAAUCCUUCAAGGCUACCGACAUCAUUAACAUUUAUGUAAAUCAGACUGAUAGCAAUUGAAGCUACUUGAAUGAUUCUGGGCGGAAAAUGACAGACAGGCAUCUUGACUGGACUUCAUAGAGCUGUGUUCUCACAUACUCUCUGUUCAGGGUCUUGGUAUUCUGUGUCUUCUAUCUGUAUUUGUAAAGCCUUAUGAUGAAUUGAUUUCCUAUCAACACACUUGGUUUGCUUAAAUAAAUUCA